AGACCGCAGCCGUCCGUGUUGGCGCCCGUGCUGCCGUGCAAGUGUACCUGACCGACCUCACGUUUGUUCCGCGACCUCUCGUUGAUAUCCGCUCCCGGUACUCCCAUCUUUGACAUCAAGCAGGGAUGGCGACCGGCUUAUCGCGGCGGCGCGUGGCCGCUACGUCCGAAGACGACUCCGGAACGAGCACGAACGUAUCUGGGACGAGCACGCCGACAACGGCGUACACCAGCCACGGCAAUGGCAGCAUAGGCGGCUUCGUGGGCGGCGGGGGCGGCACGGCGCUCGCGGGCGGUAGCAAGAUUGCGUAUGAUCCCCGGGACUUGGAGGAGCGCCAGGAAGAAGGGGGUAAAAUGCCCAAGUUGACCAUCAUGGAGGAGGUGUUGUUGCUCGGCCUUAAGGACAAGCAGGGUUACCUCUCGUUCUGGAACGACAACAUAUCAUACGCUCUUAGGGGGUGUAUUCUCAUCGAGCUAGCACUACGAAGGAGAAUAGCAGUUGUAAAAGAUCCCAAUCGCCGUCGAUUGAGCGUGAAUGAGCGUAUAAUCGAAGUCAUCGACGAGCGGCCGACAGGAGAAACGCUGCUUGACGAAGCUCUCCGGAUGAUGAGCGCCCAGCAAGCAGUGGAAAAGAUGAGCAUUAACUCAUGGAUUGAUCUGUUGAGCGGUGAAACGUGGAACGUAAUGAAGAUUGGCUUCCAACUAAAGCAAGUGCGAGAACGCCUGGCCAAAGGUCUAGUGGAUAAGGGGGUUCUUCGGACAGAGAAGCGGAAUUUCCUCCUCUUUGACAUGGCAACCCAUCCGGUCACGGACGUGCGGACAAAAGAAGCGAUCGUAUCACGAUGUGUCGCACUGCUUACCACUACCACGACGGCGGUGCCACCGUCCGCGUUGGAUAAGGAAGGGAUACAGAACCGGGUUCUGCGCGCAGUGUGCCUCGUUUGCGCUGCGUACGCCGCGUCCGUCCUGGAUAACGCAUUCGCCCGGCUACCAUACGAGGACCGUGAGGCGGCCUUCCAGCGCUGCGACGAGAUAUUGGCGGAGUUUGCCACUUGGCCAUUCGGGAGCAGCUCCGGCUCAACGAAGAGGAAGGAGCGGGUGGUCAAUGGCGGCGGUGGAGGUGUGAGCGGGAGGGAGGUGGUGUUGGGAUUAGUGAGUGAGGUGAAGAAGGAGAUGAAAGGGGAAGAAGGGGAAGACCUGUCAUUCGAGCUCGUGGCCGGAGUCCUGGAAGUUCUCAGCAAACUGGACUCGUUGUUAUGAGCGAGUGGACGAUCGUGGUCUGUCUAAUAUUUCCAGACUGCCCACAUACUCGGUUGCGUUUAUAGUCCUUGUGUUUUCUGUUUCGCUUGUAAUCAUUACUGGAGUAGUGCUGGUCC